CUGCGUUUUGGAGGUGGUGCACGUAGAGUCCACCAUCCACGAAUUGAUGUAGGCACUAGGCAAGACUUAUAAAUACAUUUCCCCGGGAAAACAGAAGUCGAAAAUCAGUUAAACUACAUUAACAAAAAAAGAGAUGGAAAUGAGAGCAAAGGAAGACAUACAAAUAGGACAAGACAUAACUCCACCACUAGCACCUCUUGCAUUCUCUCUCUACAACUCUUCUCUCCCCUCCAACUGCUCCGCCUGCUUCCUUUCUCUCUCCACUGCCACAACUGCCGCCGCCACCUUCCUUCGCUACUGCUCUAAUGGCGCCUGCUCCUCCACCCAUGAUUCUUCCCUCCAUUACUCCUCCGCGGAGCACCACCUCUUUUCUCUUCUCCACUCUAACCCUUCUCUCUUCCCUCACCCUGACUCCUCCGACCUCCGUCUUUCUCUCCGCCUCCUCCACCUCCUCCCUUCUUACACUCUCUCUCCUCGCUUCCUUGGUCUCCUCACCAAUCGACACGAGUUUAUUUCCGAUGAGGUUGAUUCAGCUAGGGUUAGGACUGGCGCAAGCCUGAUGGCCAUGGCGCGAGCGAUGCGGGAUGAGAGAGAAUUCGAGUUCGAAUCCAAUUCCGACGGUAAUGGUGGUGAUUGUGAGUUGGAGAAGGCCGUGUUGUGCUUGGUGAUUACGAAUGCUGUUGAAAUCAAUUUUAAUAGUCAGAGGCUAGGAAUUGGGGUUUAUGAUAAAUGCUUCUCUUGGAUUAAUCAUAGCUGCUCUCCUAAUUCGUGUUACCGUUUUGUUCCUGCGUUUGCUGUUUCAGAGGGUUCCGAUGAUUCGUCCUCGAUAUGGAUUUUGCCUUUCGGUGAUGCAGCUAAAAUGCAAAUGGAGGAUAGAGGUGGUUGUACUACUUGUGAGUUGGCAAAAGGAUUUGGCAACUAUGGUCCAAGACUCAUUGUUAGAAGCAUCAAGGGAAUUCAAAGAGGGGAAGAGGUGACAAUUACAUAUACCGAAUUGUUGCAGCCUAUGGCACUGAGGCAAUCAGAUUUGUUGCUGGAGUAUAAGUUCUUCUGUAAUUGUAGUCGGUGUAGCACAGUGCCUCAAGAUUAUGUUGAUCAUGCUCUGGAGGAAAUGUUUUGUGUCAACCUCCACAAAGGUUGCUCAAAAACUCUGGACAAGCAUUAUAAGGAAAAAGCGGUUGAAAUGUUGAGGGAUAUGUUGGAUAGCAGUAUAGAGGAGUAUAUGGAGGUAGGCGAUCCUGUCUCAUGUUGUGACAAGGUUGAAGGACUCCUCACUGAAGGCCUGUCAAAUAGACAUCUGGAGCAAGCGAGAGGAGAUUCUGAUAUAGAUAUUAAGUUGUCACCCCUGCACUAUAUCUCUUUAAAUGCCUAUACUACGUUGAUUUCUACAUAUAAGAUCCGUGCUGGUUUGAAUGGCGAAAUGCAUCCCCAGAGCUUUGAUAUGAGCAGAACUAGUGUAGCAUACAGCUUGCUGCUUGCUUGCGCGACACACUAUCUCUUUCUCUCGGAUCCAUCUUUAAUUGUUUCUGCUGCGACAUUCUGGAUAGAUGCUGGACAGGACUUACUAUCUUUUGGAAGAAGUCCGUCAUGGAAUUCUUUUGCAAAUGGUGAGUUGCAAAAUCUUUCAGCUGUUCCCCAUGUCAAUUGCCCUAGGUGUUCCUUGUUGGAUAGAUUUGAAUCUCACUUGAGUUGUACUCAAACUCGAAAUAUGAUUUUCAACAGUAUAACCAAGGAAUUUCACAAAUGUACAUCAAUUAUCAUUCCAAAGGCUUGGAGCUUCUUGGUUGAAGGUUGUAAAUACUUAAAAGAUGUAAAAGAUCCGAUUGAUUUCAGCUGGAUUCAAGGUCAUGAGAAUACUCAGUUGCAGCAUGGUGAAUUCAACAUAUGCAAUGGUAGUGAGAAUGCAGAUCUUAGUGAAAAUGAGUCCAUUGAUGAUGUAAAGACAGCUAUCUAUGAACUAGGUAUGCAUUGUUUGCUGUAUGGUGGCUUCUUAUCAAGCAUUUGCUAUGGUGAUUCGUGUAGCACUCGAUUGAUACGAAAUGUGAUUUGUAUCUGAAAGGGUCAUUCCCUUCGUCUUCCUCUUGUAUUAAUUUAUUGAAUCAUUUGAUUUAGAAGCUAGUUGUAUGUAUCACACUAUUCACUGUGCAGUGGAAUAAAUUGAAGAGUGUGGAUAGUUGUUUGAGAUCACACGAAUACUCCCGCACAAGUGAUACCUGAUUCUUUGGUUGAACCUACGGAAGUUUGUUGGAUUUCAUUAUAUAUUUAUAUGCAACUAUUUCAUAAAA